UUUAAAACGAGCUGCUGCCUGCCUCCACACAGCCAGCAGGAGAGAAAGAGAGAGACCUAAACGAGUGGCUGGAGGUUCAUCCAAGCUCAGGACGCACACACGGAGUUGCACAAUCAGCGCUCCGCUGGGACUCAGCAGCUCCCUCAGCUCUGCGAUUCAAACAGGCACUGCAAGUGGAUUUUAUUCACACCACGAAGACUGUUGUUGAUUUUUUUUUGCGUGUGUUUUCGAAGACUCGGAUUUUUGGGACAUUUUUUAAACUUGUGAAGACAUGCAUCGGUGCACAGCGGUGCUACUUUUGUUAGUGGUGGGCUUAUACGUCCUGAGCGCAGAAGCCUACAAGUGCAGGUGCACCAGAAAAGGACCAAAGAUCAGAUACAAGGAUGUACAGAAGCUGGAGAUCAAACCCAAACACCCGUUCUGCCAAGAGAAGAUGAUAUUUGUGACGAUGGAGAACGUGGCUCGGUUCAAAGGGCAGGAGUAUUGUCUUCAUCCCAAACUUCAGAGCACCAAGAAUCUGGUCAAAUGGUUCCGCAUCUGGAAGGACAAGCACAGGGUGUAUGAAGCCUAAAACCUCGGCUGCCCAGCACACGUGGAUCAAGUGAAACAAAACAAAAAAAGACGACAAUACCACCAGGACUGUUUUUUUUCUUGAAGUACAAGAUGUAUUCUGCAAUCAAACUGUACUUCCUCCCUCUCCUGCCUGAGAUCUGUCGAGCACAUUAAGAGAUAUCUUUAGUUCGUAUAUAUAAGAAGCCGGUGGGCUCCUUUUAGUCGGCCAUCGCUCUAGUUACAGUCACUCACCACUCCAGUCUUUACAACUGUAGUUAACGCUCGUCAAAUAGUGGACGAGACACCAUCAUCUGUGUUCAAACAGUUGUAGGUUUGUUCAGUUGUUACUUAAAGGGACUUCUCUUUUGCUUUUAGACUUCUUUCAAAGUGAAGAAUGUGUAAUUCUGAAGAAACGGGCAGAAACCUUCCUUUGAUAAAUAAUGUGUGGGUGUUUGAGUUGUUAAGAUUUUCACCACUCUGUAUUCACUAUGACAGGUAGGACAUUCGUACAAUGCCAACAUUUUGGAUGUUUCAAAGGGUUGUAGCGAUGAAUGAACCUGGUUCUCUGUAUUCGUAGAGGAGAGGCAGUCAGUGUGGUUACAUAUAAUACAGAAGUCGCUAUUCAGUCAGAUAGAGGAGAUCUACCACUGUGUGUGUGUGUUUACCGUGUCCACGCUCAUCAUAUGUGUCAAACACACGACUCUUCAGCACCCAUUUUGUAAAAUAUGACCUAACUAACCGGCAGGGUAUAGUUACAAUAGAUAUUGAAUAUAAAAUAGUUCAUUUGUGCCAUCGCUACAUACAGAACAGUCUGCGGAUCGGAGUUCAUUAAACUUCCUGAUUGUUAAACACACUAUGAAAGCCAGACUGUCUGCAGUUUACACCAACAAAGGACUAUCUGUUUUAUAUUUUUGCUGGUUUAAAGAUUUUUUUAGUUCCACCUCUUGAAAUAAAUGUGUAAUGAAGCAAUAAUAUCUCAUAUAAACUGCACAUAUAACCACUGUAUUGACCCACGUAUGAUAGCAUCCCUAAAGGAUAAGGCUGGUGAUACUCUGUCUUCUUUUGUUAAUGUGAACAUCCCAUGACAAUAUGCUAAAUCUACAGUGUCUGUGGCACUGAGCCCUGAGCCCAUUCAUUCCUACUGAAGAUGUCAUUUUUUAUAAACAGGUCAGGAAUAAAUCCUUUCAUUUAUAUAUUUAAAAAAAAAAGCAAAAUGACUCUAACUUUUUAAUAAACUUCCCUCAAACAGGAGUUCGGGAGUAGUUAACUACGUGUUCAGUUACUAGUUUAACUUGAAUUUGUAGUGGUUGGGUGGCAGUUUUACUCGUUAAUUACAAACUAUACAUUCAAGGUAUUCUCAUGACAUUUUUUUGCCGUACAAUACGGCACAGUGCCACAGCUCAUUGGCCACAGUUGUCACUUUAUGAAAAUCACCUGCUAUUUGACUAAAAUCACCUCUGGUUUGUAACCAAGACGUCUGCAAAUGAAUACUAUGAGUUUCCCUUGACGUUUAGCUGUCCGACAGCUGCUCCCUGUCCUCCUAUUAAAACACCCUUAAGGCCCAGGAGCUCAGUAGAUAGGGCGGGCGCCCCACGUACAAAGGCAGUGUCCUUCAGUUCCAGCCUGCUGCCCCCUGCUGCAUGUCGUCAUCGUCGUCCCUUUCCAGGUCUCCAAACUGUCCCAGACACAUCCUUGAGUUACCUAGGUAAGGACAACCCAAAUGCCAGAAAAAUGUAAGCAUUGUAUGUUUCAGCACACCACAAAUAUGUUACACUUGUGCAUUAUUAUGUGGCGGAUAUGUUCAAAACUUACAUUUCAAUAGUGCUGUAGUUAACGUGGUUAAGUUUGGGCACAAAACCGCUUGGUUAUGGUGAGGAAAAAAAACAUAUUUUGGCUAAAAAUACACAGUUUUGGGGGCACUAUCCCGGCAGGAAACUCGCUGAUGUCUUGGUCAAAAAACAAGUGCUUUGUGUUACACUACCUCCAGUGGAAAAACUGCACUAGGUCACUACAAAACACCAACGUUUGGAGCCUAAAAAGCUGACAAACACAUCAAUCAGAGUAGUUAAGAUGUAUUUUAUCUAUGAUUCACUGUGAAGUAGGCAGUAGUUUGGCAAACUACAGUUUUAUUGUAGUUUCUACAACACUGGUGAAUGGUAUGUUUGUUCAGGACUAUUUUCAGCUGUGGAUGAAUACACAUUAGGUGGUCAAUUGAGUAUUUAUGGCAGCAGACGCUGACUCUAAACAAACUACAGUGACCAUGUUUAUAGUAAGAAAGAACCAUAUCACCCAGUGCACCCAGUGGGCUUAUUGAUAUGUUUGUAAUUGUGUUGUUUUGGCUACAGCACUACAGAGGAAUAAGAUAGAUGACGUGAUGUGUCGUCGGAUCGAUUCAUGGGAUCACAACAGGGAAAAUACAGACUAUUAUCAAACUUAUCCUUUGAAACGGGCCGUGAACAGUGUCAUUAAUUCAUGAAAAUGAGCUUUGGACCAGUACGUGAGAUUUAAAAAUGUUCGACUUCUCUUUAACAUUGAAAGGGGGAAAUCUGUAUGAGUCAUACUUACUGUCCAAUCACUAAACAACACUCAUAGAGCAUAUACUUAUGCCAUUUCAUUUGUACCCCUGAUGAUCAUUUCACUGUCUCCUACACUCCUCUGUGGGUGAUGAUACUCUGCUCUCUUACGACCGUAUCUCUCCUCCAGUAGAUCUCCUGAACAAUGCUGUCAAACGUGUAAUUAUUAUUCUGUAUGCUGUGGAUACACUCGCUAACAAUGACUGUUGGGUGUUGUUUUAUUGCCACCAAACAGAUCACACACAGAUCUAUAUCUGAAUAUACACAGAAACACCACAUUUUCUUUACCUUUUGAAGAAUGUGCAUUACUCUUGUUUUAUAUCUUAUAUAUAAAUAUAUACAAAGAAGCAUUUUGUAAAUGGAGCCAGUAUAGCCUAUAUGUUAGUGAGGAUGAAUUCACCUUAAGACUUUAUAGUGUCAUGUAUAUUGUAUCACUGCAUUAGAGUUGUUUUUGCUAUUUAAAUCUUGGUUUGGUAACAGAUAUUUUGGAGGGUGAGUGUUUGGACCGGCCCACCAAACACACAGUUAAACAUUCCAUUGAGUGUAAAACAAUAAACAGCAAUAAAGUGUCUAUAGAGC